AGACAACUCCCAAAUUAAAAACCUGUAGUAUCACCACAGGAGAUCUUUUGCAAAUGACGAAAGGAUCCCAAACAAGUGGGCCCCAAAACUAAUCUCCAUUGUUUAGCAAGAGUCGGCAGCAAGCUAGAUUCUCCAAAGAUGGCAACCCAGGAUGCUACCAAUCGCAAAGGAACUAACUUUAAGCUCUGUGAAGACGUCGAGCUGACCAAAGCUUUCCUUCAUACAAGCGAGGACUCGGAGGUUGGCACGUACAUGAAAGGCCAAGACUUCAAGAAGAAGAUACACGAGGUGUACAAGAAGCUUAUUGAAACCCACAAUGCUCUAAUGGGGACAACGUUCAGUGCAAGAACACCGAAAUCAAUCUUCAGUCGCUUCAAAAGAAUCUCGAGAUGCACUCUGAAGCUAAUCGGAAUUGAAGCAACGCAGCCCAAGCUUUCAGGUGACACUGCAGAAGAAGAAUACAAGAAGCUCUGUGUCAAGACAUUUUGCGAUCGCUACAAAGCAGACGCUUUCAUCAUCGAAAAUGUCUACCAGUGCAAGACCAUGUUGGAAGGUUACCCGAAAUGGAAACUCUGGGAGCAAAAAGAACAAGGACUAGACGAGAAUGGCAACCCAAUCGAAAAGAAGAAGGAAUGUCCAACUGGAACCAAGAAAGCAAAGCAGAUGGCCAAGGAUCGUGAGCUUGUCAACAAGCUGUUGAACACUACCGAACAGGUCAAGGAAGAUGCAAAAGACGUUCGCCAAAAAGCCAAAGAUGACAUGUUCUAG